AUGCGUGAUUUUGCUUCACAAACGUUUGCUUCGAUGUCUUCUCCUCAUACAAUGGUCCCUUCCAUGAAGUUUAUGGCGGAACCACGGCAAACAUUUGAGCACUUGCAACAUCAUCUUGAGCCAUUGCAACAUCCUCAGAUCUCGAUGCCUAUGAAAGUCAUGGAGAUGGAUCAUUCCAAUGGGCAUCAGCGUUAUGUUCGUAUGAGCAACGGCGAGUUGGCUGAGAUCAAUGAGCAAUACGUAAUAGCAGAAGAUGAAGAAGGACCUGUUGGUGAAUAUAUAGAAGUGGACUACGUGGAUGAAAUAAUAGAUGAUGGAGAAGGCAA